UUACAGUAGACCCGAUCCUCUUCGGGUAAAACCCUAUAUCUCUUUCUCUUUCUUCUCACAUAUCCAAAUCUCAAAUCUGUCUUCUCUCUGAAAAAAAAUUCUCUUUCUUUCUCCCUGUUGACGAACUCUCUCCGAUCUGUUUUGUGCAGUUUCUUUUAGAGAGAGAAAGGGGACACAUCUCAGAUUUCAGUUCAUUAUUGAAGUCCCCUAUCAUAAUUAAAUUAUUGGAGAACAAUGAAGAACAACGAACGUAUUGCUAAUUUUGCUUUAGCAGGUUUAACAUUGGCACCACUUCUGGUGAAGGUAGAUCCAAAUUUAAAUGUCAUCUUGACAGCAUGCCUCACAGUCUAUGUUGGGUGCUACCGAUCUGUCAAGCCAACUCCACCUUCAGAGACAAUGUCUAACGAGCAUGCAAUGCGGUUUCCCUUUGUUGGGAGUGCAAUGCUAUUAUCGCUAUUCUUACUUUUCAAGUUUCUUUCUAAAGACUUGGUUAAUGCUGUGUUGACGUGCUACUUUUUUGUGCUUGGAAUCAUUGCACUUUCGGCAACAUUGUUACCGGCUAUAAAGCGAUAUAUGCCAAAGCAUUGGAAUGAUGACGUCAUUACCUGGCAUUUUCCAUUUUUCCGCUCUUUGGAGAUUGAGUUUACCAGAUCUCAGAUUGUUGCUGGAAUUCCUGGAACAUUUUUUUGUGCAUGGUAUGCUUCUCAGAAGCAUUGGCUGGCUAACAAUAUUUUGGGCUUGGCUUUCUGUAUUCAGGGAAUUGAAAUGCUUUCCCUUGGUUCUUUUAAGACUGGUGCCAUCCUCUUGGCUGGCCUUUUUGUAUAUGAUAUUUUCUGGGUUUUCUUCACUCCUGUGAUGGUUAGUGUGGCAAAAUCUUUCGAUGCUCCUAUAAAGCUUUUGUUCCCAACAGCAGAUGCUGCACGACCAUUUUCCAUGCUUGGGCUUGGUGACAUUGUUAUCCCUGGUAUUUUUGUAGCGCUGGCAUUGCGAUUUGAUGUGUCUAGAGGAAAACACAGUCAAUAUUUUAAAAGCGCCUUUCUUGGAUAUACAUUUGGUUUGGUCCUUACAAUUAUUGUAAUGAACUGGUUCCAAGCUGCACAGCCUGCACUUUUAUACAUUGUACCAGCUGUAAUAGGAUUCUUAACAGCUCAUGUCAUAUGGAAUGGUGAAGUCAAACCGUUGAUGGAAUUUGACGAAUCCAAGGGUGCUGCAUCAUCUCAAGAUAGCAGUGAAACCAACUCUAGCAAAAAGGUCGAGUAAGUCGCAAAAAAAAAAAAAAAAAAAAAAAAAGAAAAACUCUUGUAGCUUGCGAUAGAAAAAUAUUGUUGUUUUCUUUGAGGACUUGAAAGCUUCUAGAUCAAUCCUGCUAACUUAUGUGAGCUGCACACAGUUGUAACAGAUUUUGGUAUUUCAGUGAAAAAUAAUAUAAAGAAUUAGCCUCUGAUAGCAGGACCAUAUUGGAAAUUGUCAAUUUAAUUUGCCUAAUGAAGUUUUUCUUUCUUGA